GGUUUUGAGAUUAUGCUUUGCACCGCUUGCGCUUUCCGGGGCCUGGUAUGCAAGAUGAUGGAUGAUGCAAAGCGUUGUUCUCAGUGUAUCCGUUGUGCUCGUUCUUGUAAUGGCUGUGGGAUUCCUGUUUCUGCUUUUUCGCGUAUUAUAGCAGAAGAUAAGAGGCUGGAAUCGAAGGAGCGGGAGGCGGAGGCAGAGUUGGAGAGAGCU